ACAAGGGUUUAGCCUCCCUCUGAACCACCAUCGCCGCCGCCACCACCAAAUGGAAUUGGCUCUCACCAAUGUCACCUACCGCCACCACCCACACCCUCUCUCCCUCGUCCACCGCCACCGUCCCUUCUCUAAAUCGAUAUCGUUCCACAAACCACCAUCGUUUUCAUCGUUAACAUCAACCACAGCGUCGUUCCGUAACCCUAGUUCCAAAACCCCUAAACCGCAAUUAACAAAAUUCGUAAACCCUACCUCACUCUCCUUCCUCAAAUCCACCUUCGUCGUCGGCGUCACCGUCACCGCAAUUUUCCUCUCACGUUUCACCGUCAAACCCGCAAUCGCCACCCCUGUUUCAUCACCUCCAACUCCCGCCACCGUCGAAACCGCCGAUUCUAACGCAGAAGAACAACAAGAAGAACAAGCCCUAGAAGAGCAUCUAUGCUCUCAUCCUGAAGACACCAAAGCUCUGAAAUCCCUAAUGGAAUUGAAAAUCAAAAUUGGAAAGGUCCAGGAAGCUGUUGGUAUACUCAAUCAGUUGAUUAAUCUCGAACCAGAAGAUAGCGAAUGGGAAUUGCUUAAGAAUCAUUUGCAUUCAUACGACGGAGAUCACGAAUCUGCGAAAUUAGGGUUUGAGAAGAUUCUAUCAAAAGACCCUUUACGCGUAGAAGCUUAUCAUGGUUUAGUAAUGGCUGCUUCUGCAAAAGAAUCCCCAACUGAAUUGCAAGAUGUUGAGAAAAGGAUCUUGGAAGGAAUGGAGAAGUGCAAGAAAGAAAGAAAGAAAGAUGACUUAAGGGAUUUUAAACUUCUAUUAGCUCAAAUUCGUGUAAUCCAAGGGGAUUAUAAAGGUGCUUUAAAGAUUUAUGAGGAGUUAUCGAAAGAAGAACCUCGCGAUUUUAGGCCAUAUUUGUGUCAAGGGAUUAUAUAUACAAUGUUAGGAAAGAGUGAUGAUGCUGAGAAGAAUUUCGAAAGGUACAGAAGGCUUGUUCCUAAGGGACAUCCUUAUGCUAGAUAUUUUGAUGAUAAUAUGGUUGCAACUAAGCUUUUUGCAGAGAAGGUGGAGAGGGAACGUGCUUAUUCAAAGAGCUGAAUGGGAAAGAGGGUGCUGAUCUUGUAUAGCAAAGGUUCUACUUUGAUACUCUGCUGUGCUUUUUGUUCAUUGUUUGGUUCUUGGGGUAGUGGUGUUUUACUUGUUAGCAGGCUUAAUAGAAUCUUGUUUCAAUUGGGGUCUAUUGGGAAGACUUAUGAUUUGAGUGUGGUUUUAAGUUUUGGUGGGAUGUUGCUCAGUGAUUAAAGUAGCUUUUUUUUUUCAUGUUAUAAUGAGGAAGUUGUUACUUGUGUUAGUUAGAUGUUGUCUACAUUGCUAUUUGUGUGAUUCGAUUCCAAGAACAUCGUUAACGAAUUUAGGGAUUCUAUUUAUACGGUAUUGGAGGAAAUGUAGUUAAUCACUUGGGGUUGUAUUG